GCGCCUGACCUUAUCUCCUCCUCCCUUCCCCCCACCACCCCGAGGAUAUUUCCCCCCGCCUCCGCCUCCGCCGCCGCCAUGGAGUCCGGCCUCGUCGCGAGCCACCGCCUCCGCCUGCCCCUCCUCCGGCCCGGGGUGGCGCCGCCGCCGCAGCAGCAGCUGCUGCUCCGGCAGCGCCGCGUCGCUGUCGCGCAGCUCCGGGUCGUGCCGCGGGCCCCCGCGCCGACGCCGCUCCGCCUCCCCGCCGCGCUCCCGCUCCGCCCGUGCCUCCCGCCCCUCCGCGCCGCGGCGGGGGCGGCGGCCUCCUCGCCGGAGCCUGCUGCCUCCAAGUUCCUCGGCGUGGAGACGCGGACGCUGAAGAAGAUCGUGCCCCUGGGGCUCAUGUUCUUCUGCAUCCUCUUCAACUACACCAUCCUGCGGGACACCAAGGACGUGCUCGUCGUCACCGCCAAGGGCAGCAGCGCGGAGAUCAUCCCGUUCCUCAAGACGUGGGUCAACCUCCCCAUGGCCAUCGGCUUCAUGCUGCUCUACACCAAGCUCGCCGACGUGCUCUCCAAGGAGGCGCUCUUCUACACUGUCAUCUUCCCCUUCAUCGCCUUCUUCGGCGCGUUCGGCUACCUGCUCUACCCCAUGCGCGACGCCAUCCACCCCACCGCGCUCGCCGACCGCCUCCUCGCCGCGCUAGGGCCCAGCUUCCUGGGACCCGUCGCCAUCCUUCGCGUCUGGAGCUUCUGCCUCUUCUACGUCAUGGCGGAGCUCUGGGGCAGCGUCGUCAUCUCAGUGCUCUUCUGGGGUUUCGCCAAUCAGAUUACUACGGUUGAAGAGGCCAAAGAGUUUUAUCCACUGUUCGGGCUUGGAGCCAAUGUGGCACUCAUCUUCUCGGGUCGCACAGUGAAAUACUUCUCAAACAUGAGGCAAAAUUUGGGUCCAGGCGUUGACGGUUGGGCGAUUUCAUUGAGGGGCAUGAUGAGCAUAGUUGUUUUGCUUGGUCUUGUAAUUGCCGGCAUCUACUGGGGAGUAAACAAGUUUGUUAUUGAUAAAUCAGCUGCGCCAGUUGCCGAGCGGAAGAAGAAGGAAAAGCCAAAGCUGAGUAUGGGUGAGAGUUUGAAGGUGCUUGUGUCAUCUCGGUAUGUGAGGGAUCUUGCCACACUGGUUGUCGCUUAUGGUAUAAGUAUUAACCUUGUUGAGGUGACGUGGAAAUCAAAACUGAAGGCACAGUACCCAAGCCCUAAUGAAUAUUCUUCAUUCAUGGGAGAUUUCUCAACUGCUACUGGCAUAGCCACAUUUACAAUGAUGUUGUUAGGGAGAGUAAUUCUUAGGAAGUUUGGAUGGGGAGUCGCAGCUACAAUCACCCCUGCUGUGUUGCUUCUCACAGGAGUUGGAUUCUUCUCACUGAUUUUAUUCGGUGAACCAUUGACACCUCUUAUGGCCACUCUUGGUAUGACGCCUUUGCUUGCUGCGGUCUAUGUUGGAGCCAUGCAGAAUAUUUUCAGUAAGAGUGCGAAGUACAGUUUGUUUGACCCUUGCAAGGAAAUGGCGUAUAUUCCUUUGGACGAGGACAUGAAGGUGAAAGGUAAGGCAGCAAUUGAUGUGGUCUGCAACCCACUGGGGAAGUCUGGAGGUGCCUUGAUCCAGCAGUUCAUGAUCUUGUCAUUCGGAUCUCUUGCAAAUUCUACACCCUACCUUGGAGGAAUUCUAUUGGUCAUUGUUCUUGCCUGGUUGGGUGCUGUAAGGUCACUUGACUCACAGUUCUCUCCACUGGCAAAGCAAGAGCUUGAGAAGGAAAAAAUGCUGAAAGCAAAGACGGUGGAAACAACUGCUCAAGUUGUUGGGUCAGGAAACGGUUCUCUCCAAGAAACACUAACGAGUGAGAACUCUGCGAACGGCUCGGCAAUCAAACAGUCUCAAGAACCUGAGAGCACUGCCCCGGAAAAAUCUGGUCAACAAUCUCAAUAAGCUCUUUACGUCGGAUAUUUAGUUAGUAAAGUCUUCCGUGGAACCAAAAGCUCUGUUUAGUUUGGCCUGUCAUGGGUUGUUGCUGAGGAAAGCAGCAGCGUGGUAAGAAAAAUAAGCGGGCCAAUUUUUUUUCCCUGUUGUUGUAGCAUAUAUUUUGGCUUCACAUUGAGAUUGUCUCUAGUUCUUUGCUUGAGAAUAUCUGUAGCUGUUUGUUGUUCCAUCCCAUAGAUAUGAAACAUCCUUUUUGGUAA